GGCUCCUGGAAACCGGCCCGGCAGAGUGUGGAGUCGCGUCCCGACAGACGCUUCGGUAACUGACGGGCAGCUUCUGACUGAGCAACACAACUUUUUCAGCGCGAGCUUUGGACACUUGGACGGAGGAGGAAUCUGCUGAGGACUUUUUCCGGGGACUCGGAUGUCUUUACAUGGUGCGCAGCCCGGCGGGAGACUCUGUGUCUCUCGCCUUUACGAGCCCGAGGAGUCAACAGGGGUUGAUGUUUAAAGGUUUGUCUGAAAGGUCCAUGACUUGAUGCGCUGCGUGUGGACUCUGGGCUGAAGUCUGAAUGCAGUCCGUUUUCCACCAUUUGCUGUGAGAGUGUGUGUGUGUGUGUGAACAGUAAAGGAAUGCAGCAGUGAAACACACAGUCGAAGACAGGAUCUGCAGCAGCUUCACUUGGUUUCAUUCUUCUCCGCUGCUGGUGAACAUUCAGAGCUUUUUGGAAACAACCUUUUCCUUUGCUGUUCGGGGUUCCCGUCUGUCAUGGCAGUGCAGAGAAGCUGGCGCUGGGUUUGGAUGACGGGCUGUACUCUGGUCGCCGCGCUCCUCUGCCAGCCCUGCGCCUCUCAGUAUGAGAAGGGGAUUUCCAUACCUGAUCACGGCUUCUGCCAGCCCAUCUCCAUCCCGCUUUGCACAGACAUCGCCUACAACCAGACCAUCAUGCCCAACCUGCUGGGGCACACCAACCAGGAGGACGCCGGGCUGGAGGUCCACCAGUUUUACCCACUGGUUAAAGUCCAGUGCUCCACGGACCUGAAGUUCUUCCUGUGCUCCAUGUAUGCGCCAGUUUGCACGGUUCUGGAGCAGGCCAUACCACCCUGCAGGUCUCUGUGUGAACGGGCACGGCAGGGCUGCGAGGCGCUCAUGAAUAAAUUCGGCUUCCAGUGGCCGGAGAGGUUGCGCUGUGAGAACUUCCCGGUCCACGGCGCAGGAGAGAUCUGCGUGGGUCAGAACACGACCGACACAGAUGGCCCCACGUCAGACCCGACUCCCAGCCUGUCCGAGCUCGUGACCCUGCCGCCAUACGCCCGGACCAACCAGCACUUCACCUGCCCCCUGCAGCUCCAGGUGCCUCCCUACCUCAACUACCACUUCCUGGGAGCGAAGGACUGCGGUGCCCCCUGUGAGGUCGGCAAGCCCGGCGGACUGAUGUAUUUCCGGGAGGAGGAGUUAAAGUUUGGCCAUCUGUGGGUCGGCACCUGGUCACUUCUGUGUUGUGUGAGCACCCUCUUCACUGUGCUGACGUAUCUGAUAGACAUGAGACGGUUUCGGUACCCAGAGAGGCCGAUCAUCUUCCUGUCAGGAUGCUACUUCAUGGUGGCGUUGGCCUACGUCACCGGCUUCCUGUUGGAGGACAAAGUGGUGUGUAUUGAUAAGCUCAAUGUGGACGGCUACAAGUUGGUGACCCAGGGCACCAAAAAAGAGGGCUGCACCAUUCUCUUCAUGAUCCUCUACUUCUUCGGCAUGGCCAGCUCCAUCUGGUGGGUGAUCCUGUCACUCACCUGGUUCCUGUCAGCUGGCAUGAAGUGGGGCCACGAAGCCAUCGAGGCCAACUCGCAGUACUUCCACCUGGCAGCCUGGGCCGUGCCAGCGGUUAAAACCAUCACCAUUCUGGCAAUGGGGCAGGUGGACGGCGACCUGCUCACCGGCGUCUGCUACGUGGGGAUCUACAAUGUGGACGCUCUCCGGGGCUUCGUCCUGGCACCGCUGUUUGUCUACCUCUUCAUCGGCACUUCCUUCCUGCUGGCGGGAUUUGUGUCACUCUUCCGCAUUCGCACCAUCAUGAAGCACGAUGGCACCAAGACGGAGAAGCUGGAGAAGCUGAUGGUGCGGAUCGGCGUGUUCAGCGUGCUGUACACGGUUCCCGCCACCAUCGUCAUCGCCUGCUACUUCUACGAGCAGGCUUUCCGGCCGCAGUGGGAGCGCACGUGGCACAUGCAGACGUGCAAGCGCUUCGCCGUGCCGUGUCCAGCCGGAAACUUUGCCCCGCUGACGCCGGACUUCACCGUCUUCAUGAUCAAGUACCUGAUGACCAUGAUUGUGGGGAUCACGUCAGGCUUCUGGAUCUGGUCUGGGAAGACGCUGCAGUCAUGGCGCAGGUUUUAUAAGAGACUGAGCGACGACAAGCAGGGAGAGACGACAGUGUAGAGGACGCUGGUCGUUUCCCAGACUUUCUGAGGACGUUUGUCAGACUGAGAGGACGGAUGUGGCCGCUCUGAAUUUUCACAACUCAGUGGGACUAUGAACAGUUGAGGACCGCGUUGUGGACCUGAUGAUUUCCAGCUGCAGCCACAGUGCGUCUGAAUCCGCCCCACAUGAGUUCUCCUCUUGUAGCUCUUUACGUUUUCGUUCACGGACACGGGAUCACGAGGGAGUCGCGUCGAUCUGACGGGUCUGUAAUUGCACUGGAAGCUAACUGGGGAAACUGGGUUUGAAAGUUUGAUGCAAAUCUUUUGUCCUCGCACUCGACAAAGCAGUGGGUUAAAUUACAGGUGAGGCGAAAGGGACAGCAGCUCGCAGGAAGUUAUGAAUGUGGUUUGGCUCGCAGUUAAAACACACUUCACCUCCUGUUCACACCUGCAAAGCAUUAACGGAGACACUGAAGAACAUAUCAACAUGUGUUUAUCUUUUCAAAAUGAACGUCUGAUCUCAUUACCAGCUCAUGAUUAUUAUCAUCGCAGCUGUUCUGUUUCUUCCCUCACAGCAGCCACGAUGAUUUCAGGCCCGUCAGAUUAAGAUUAAACCAGGACUGACUGUGUCUGUGCUAUUGGCUGUUUUAAAGCGUGGAUGUGUUUGACGUGUGCGUCUUCUCCUUUCUCAUUAUUGUGUAAAGAAGAAGAACUUGUGUAUUUAUGAUAGUUUUAAAGUCAUCGUUUCAGCAAUGGUUUUGGCCUUUUAUGAUGCCCCCCUGCUUGUAUUUGUACAGUUUUUCAGAAUAAAAUGUUAAAGUUUUAAAAAGCCUGACACACUUAUUUAAUCUGUGAGUGUUGCAGAUUCCUGCUGACAUCUGAUCUCUUUGCUUUUCCUUUUGUCUGGCUGUACAAAUCGUUGCUGAAACCCUCCCUGCGCCUCAGACC